AUGGUUGCUGCUUGGGAAGACAGCUCAGAUGAGGACAUUGAUAAUGAUGAUGAUGAUGAUGAUGAUGAUGAUGCUGAACGAGCUCUUAUAACAAUUCAAGAAUUCGAUGAUGAAUCUGAUGAAGAAUCUGAAAUAAAGAGGAAGGAAAUGAAUGAUGAAGAGAUUGUGCUGACGAAAAAUUCAAAUGCUGAAACAACAGUCCAACCUGAAACUGCAUCACAGGAAGGAACAUGUGAUGGAACUGGAUUUCCUGUUGAUAGAAAGAGCAUCUCAGGUGCAAUGGUGGUCUGGAGUGAAGAGAUUAGUGAUAAUGAGGAGACUAUGAAUGAAAGUAUGGGGAUAGAAUCACAGGAGAUAAGUGAUGGUUCUGGUGAGAGAAGUGCAACAGAUGGACAAGAGUCUUCAUCUGCUGCAAAAGUGUCAGAUAGGUACAAUGAAAAGAGGAAGAGCAAAGUUGGAAAGACCGUAGGAAAGGGCAUGGGUGGCACUAAGAGAAGGAGUGCCCAUUCUAUCUCUGUAGCAACACCUCUCAUAAGAGGAAGAACUACAAGGAUCCAGAAGAAGUAG